CGACACUUACAGACGUGUGUACUAUUGGUACGAAGUAUAAUUAUAACACUGUGUUUACGAUGGCAGUUCCCGUGGUUACCUUCAAUAAUGGAAAGACUUGCCCAGUCCUAGGGCUUGGGACGUGGAAGUCCCAGCCCGGACAGGUGACGCAAGCCGUAAAGGACGCGAUAGACGCUGGCUACAGACACAUCGACUGCGCGCACAUCUACGGCAAUGAGAAGGAGGUGGGGGCCGCGCUCGCCGCCAAGAUACAGGAGGGAGUCGUCACACGUGAGGAGUUGUUCAUCACCUCGAAGCUGUGGGGCACGUACCACCGGCCCGACCUGGUGGAACCAGCCCUCAGGGUCACGCUGCAGGACCUCGGCCUGCAGUACCUGGACCUCUAUCUCAUCCACUGGCCCCAGGCUUAUAAGGAAGGCGACGAUCCCUUCCCUAAAGACAGUUCCGGCAAGGUCGUCUACUCGAGCACAGACUACGUGGACACGUGGGGCGCCAUGGAGGCCCUGGUGACCGCCGGCCUCGCACGCAGCAUCGGAGUCUCCAACUUCAACAGGAGGCAGAUUGAGAGAGUCCUCGCUGUCGCUAAGAUCCCUCCCCAAGUUAACCAGGUGGAAGUACACCCAUACCUGAACCAGCAGAAGUUGUUAGACUUCUGUAAGUCCAAGGGCAUCGCUGUCACGGCAUACUCGCCGCUCGGCUCGCCAGACCGCCCGUGGGCUAAGCCUGGGGAACCCCAGCUGACUGAGGACCCCAGGAUCAAGGCUGUGGCUGACAAGUAUGGGAAGACUACGGCGCAGGUUCUCAUCAGGUACGCGAUCGACCGCGGGCUAAUCGUGAUCCCCAAGUCGGUGACAAAGUCGCGCAUCAUCCAGAACUUCCAGGUGUUCGACUUCCAACUGUCGCCUGAGGACCUGCAGGCCAUCGCCGCCUUGGAGUGCAACGGGCGCGUCUGCAAAAUGGAAGAGUUAGUAUUUAUUACCAUCUAGGACUUCCAGGUGUUCGACUUUCAGCUGUCCCCUGAGGACCUGCAGGCCAUCGCGGCCUUGGAGUGCAACGGGCGCGUCUGCAAAAUGGAAGACUCCGACCAUCCUGAUUACCCCUUCCACGACGAGUACUGAGCCCGAGAAACCAGCACAUCUCAGCACAGUAAUGUGUACUACUGCUACCACAGAAUAAAUAAUAGUACUAGGUACAGAAGACUCACUCUCUAACAAAACGCGUCUGUUACGAUCACAGAUAUGGCCGCUAGGUGGCGACAGCGCCACGCGCGGCUUAUGGCUUUCCCCAAAAUUGGGGUGGAACGGAUGUAUUUUUAGCUACCUGUAGCAAAGCGACGAAAUCGCGGAGUGAGCCACGCCUGCUACUACUACUACUUUCUACUAUUUAUAUUUUACAAAAUGCACUCGUGUGGAAAUUGCACGCAAAUUACUGUUAAUAAAUGUUUAAGUACUGU